AAAAUCUGAUUCCCAUUCCCUAAAUUGCCAUUGUUAUAAGUGGACUGGAAAAGAAUCAUGCUUCGCCGGUGUGCUGCUGGAUGCAUCAAUCUGCCUUGCAUACAAAAGAAAUGCCCCGCUGAGGAUGAACUUCAUAAACUCACAUUGGAGGACCUGUGUCUGUUUACUAGUCAAUUUUCUCCAAAAAAUCUUGUUGGAGUCACCCACUUAGGAAAACUCUAUCGUGGGAAGAUGGUCAUUGGUGAUAUUACCAAGGAUGUCGCUGUCAAGAUUAUAGGUCUUGAUGAAAGGGUGUUUAAAUAUACAGGCAACGACAAACUGGAAAGAUUUGAGUAUGAACUGAAAUUUUUGCAAGCUCCAAGGAUUAAGGGCAAUCCCAACUUAGUGAAAGUGAUUGGAUAUUGUCAAGAGGAAGAAACCUUGGGGAUUGUUUAUGAUCUAAAUCCACACGAUACGUUGGAGAACUUAAUUACUCGAGCUGACUUUAAUUGGAAGCAGAGGGUUAAGACAGCCCUUACAUUAGCUCGCUUGCUUAAUUAUCUGCAUGAUAGGAAGUACCUGAUUCGCAACUUUGCUCCAUAUCACAUUGUGCUUGACCAGGAUUUCACGCCAAUUAUGUUUGAGUUUGGUUUGUUAGUUGGAGGGGUUCUGGGUAAUACAAUCAAUGAAUCAGAUUUGAGAUGUGCCCCAUAUGGCUACAUGGAUGCAUCCAUAUUUGAAUAUGGUACUGAUACGUUCAGUGUCAGGUCGGAUGUUUUUGCCUUUGGUGUUUUGCUCUUAAAUUUUAUAAGCAAAAGAGUUGUUGAGUAUGGAAACCCUUUAGAUAGGGCACUUGAUUUAUGGGCCUUGAAAGAGUUCAAGCCUGGGUGUUCAUUUGUCCACCAAAGUCUUCUGAGUGAUCCAGGUUUUGAUCUUCUUGAUGGAGCUGCAAUCACAAAACUUGCAGAACAGUGUGUAGAAGAGCAACCAAAGAAACGACCAAACAUGAAAGAAGUUGUUGCUCGUCUGGAAGGUUUACGUGCUGUGCAGGAGCAUGUUGAAGAAAUUAAUGUGCAUCCUUGAUAGUUGGGUAGUUUUAUUUGAACUCUCUUUCUUCAACAUGAUCAGAUUUCAAAGUAGCACGCAAUCUUGUUAAGUUUGAUCCGAUCCGUUCAAAUGCCACCUCCAGAGUAAAUGUGGACAAGUAAAAGUGAAUAAGUGGUAGUCAAG